UUUAAGAGUAAGAAGGAAAUUUUUUAAAAUAUAACCAUGCAAGGACUAUUCUGCGAUCCGUCAUUGGAGCGCCACUUCACUGGCCACACAAGUGCCAUUACACAAUUGAGAUUUAGUCCCGAUGGCCAUCAGAUUGCCAGCAGUUCUAUGGACUCGACCGUCAUUCUGUGGAAUCUAAAGCAAGCCGCUCGCUGUAUACGCUUUGGGGCCCAUUGUUCUCCUGUUUAUGGUGUCGCCUGGUCUCCAAAGGGUAAUCUGGUGGCCUCCGGUAGCCACGAUCGGACCGUAAAGAUCUGGGAACCCAAAGUGCGUGGCUAUUCAAGUGAAUUCCUGGCCCACAGCAAGCCAGUGAGGAGUGUGGAUUUCGAUAAUACGGGACAACAAUUGCUUACCGCCUCGGACGACAAAUCGGUAAAAUUGUGGCGUGUGUCCAGGCGUCAGUUUGUGACUUCGUUUUCCCAGCAGACUCACUGGGUGAGAGCAGCGAAAUUCAAUCCAAAUGGCAAACUGGUGGCCACGGUCUGUGAUGAUAAAUCGCUGCGCAUCUAUGAGGUGGGCUCGGGCCGAUGUGUGCGCCUUUUCACCGAGGAGCAUGCGGCGCCACGUCAACUUGCCUGGCAUCCAUGGGGCAAUAUGGUUGCCGUUGCCUUGGGCUGCAAUCGCAUCAAGAUCUUUGAUAUUGGGGAAAGUGAGUUACUUCAAUUGUAUGUUGUCCAUUCGGCACCAGUAACGGAUGUGGCCUUCCAUCCCAGUGGCAACUUUCUGUUGUCAGGAUCCGAGGAUGGGACCAUAAGAAUACUCGAUUUACUUGAGGGUAGACCCAUCUACACUUUGAAUGGGCAUACAGGAUCAGUGAAUGCAGUGGCCUUUAGCCAAGACGGUGAAAAGUUUGCCACAGCCGGAGCGGACCGUCAGCUAUUGGUCUGGCAAUCGAAUCUUCAUACCUAUGAUGCCAAUCAAUUUGAAACCAAAUCGGCCUUGGCUUCCAGUUGCUGUGAUACAAGUGGCGGCUCUUCAUUCAAACAAAGCAGCGGCGCUGGUGGCGGCUGCGGCAGCGGCAGCACGAGCUCCAAAUCGAAUGACCUGAGCAUAUGCAUCGAUCCACGUCAAUCGUCGGCCUAUCAGGCUUUGGAUGAGAAUUUCCAGGUGCUUGACAGUGAACACACUAAACAAGAUGAUACACCACAAAAAUUGGGUCAGACAGCUCAGGCAACUGACUCCUCCUGGCUUCAGCGGAGAGGCUUGGAUCUGAUGCAACCAAAAUCACGUUUCUUUGAUUAGUUAGAAAUUAAAUUUAUUUUCUAUUCUUAUAUUCUUAUACAUACAUCAUACACAAACAUAUGCACAUUUUCCAUCAAAACCAACAACAACAGCUAGAAAAAGCAUCAUCAAUCACCUUUCGCAGGUGUUGGAUGUAUCCUUGGAAUCGGGCUCAGAAUGCUGCAGUUGCUCUGCCCACCUCGAGGAGAUUAGCAAUCAAUUGGAUAACCUUAAUAGACGUUUGCAACGCUUGGAAAAGUUGCACUUUCUUUGAUCAGUUCACAAUUGGAUGCAUCUACAUUAAAUUAAGUUUAAUUUGUCAUUUCUUUAUAUAUUUAUAUAUCUCUUUUUGUGUGCGCUUUUAUGUUAUUGUAUAAUAUAUAUAAAAUACUUGCCUUAUAAGUACUUAAUGCUUCUAUUUAAA